CAGGCCUCUGGCGUCGGCGUCAACGCGCAGUGCCUCUCCGUUUAUGAAGAGCUCAAGCUCGGGAAGGCGAAGAAGCCCAAAUUUGUCGUGUUCACGCUCGCGAAAGACCUGACCGAGAUCAUCGUCGAGAAGACGGGCGAGCAGACGAGCACGUAUGACGAGUUCAUUGCCUCGCUUCCCGAGGCGGAAUGCAGGUGGGCGGUGUACGACUUUGAGUACAAGCGGGAGGACGGUGGGAUCCGGAACAAGCUUACCUUUAUUUCGUGGUCGCCCGAUGAUGCGAAGGUGAAGCAGAAGAUGUUGUUCGCCUCGUCCAAGGACGCGCUGCGGCGCGCACUGGUCGGCAUCGCCGUCGAGAUCCAGGGUACGGACUACAGCGAGAUCGCUGAGGAUGUUGGUGCGUGUGCUCCAUCUACUCCACGGUCUUCCACUCAGGCUGAUCGCGUCGUCUCUCCCUUCCAUCUCGGACCCUCGUCUCCGCACCGCGCAGUCCGGGACAAGGCUGCGCGAGGAAACUGA